AUGAAAUACAUCAGAACUGAUCAAAUCUUAGAUAUCCCAGAAGGUGUUAACGUUAACAUCAAAUCAAGAAUCAUCACUGUUACCGGUCCAAGAGGUACUUUGACUAAAAACUUGCGUCAUAUUGAUAUUACUUUCACUAAAGUCAGCAACAAAUCUAUUAAAAUCACCGUUCACAAUGGUGACAGAAAACAUGUUGCUGCUUUAAGAACUGUUAAAUCUUUGAUCGCUAACAUGGUUACUGGUGUCACUAAAGGUUACAAAUACAAAUUGAGAUAUGUUUAUGCGCAUUUCCCAAUUAACGUUAACGUUAUUGAAAAAGAUGGUGAUAAAUUCAUUGAAAUCAGAAAUUUCUUGGGUGAUAAACAAAUCAGACAAGUCAAAGUUCAUGAAGGUGUUACUGUUGAAUUCUCUGCUAACCAAAAAGAUGAAAUUGUCUUAAGUGGUAACUCUGUUGAAAAUGUUUCACAAAAUGCUGCUGAUAUUCAACAAAUCUGUAGAGUUAGAAACAAAGAUAUCCGUAAAUUCUUGGAUGGUAUCUAUGUUUCAGAAAAAGGUACUAUUGUUCAAGAUGAAUAA